AAAACAUCAUUGUGUUUUGUGAUUUUGACAGAGAAGUUUAUUUCUCGGAAAUUGUGGAGAGUAGAAUGUGUUACGUUAUAUAGCUGUGCGAUAAGAUACUUUUUUAUUAAUUAUUUUAUAUUAAAUAGUGUUUCAAGUAAAAUUAUGACGCAGUUUUUACCCGCUAAUUUAUUAGCUCUUUUUGCUCCUCGGGAGCCUAUUAAACAUUUACCUCCGGCUUGUAAGUUACCUCAUGAAAAGAAGAAUAAGGGCUAUGUUGGGAUAGCACAAUUCGUUAAAGAAUUUGAGGAUCCAAAAGAGACUCCACCUCCCACUCGUGUUGAAACCAAAGAAGAGAGAUUGGAAAGGAGAAGACGUGAAAGGGCUGAGCAAGUUGCCUAUAAGUUAGAACAGGAGAUAGCUGUCUGGGAUCCAACAUCCUCGGAAAGUGCUACAGUAGAUCCAUUCAAAACAUUAUUCGUAGCUAGAAUUAAUUAUGAUACUACAGAAUCCAAAUUGAGAAGAGAGUUUGAAGGUUAUGGACCUAUUAAAAAGAUCGUUGUCAUUCACAAUGCAAUCAACGGUAAACCCCGUGGUUAUUCAUUUAUUGAAUAUGAACAUGAGAGAGACAUGCACUCUGCUUACAAACAUGCAGAUGGUAAAAAAAUUGAUGGAAGAAGGGUAUUAGUCGAUGUGGAAAGAGCAAGGACUGUGAAGGGUUGGUUGCCAAGAAGAUUAGGUGGUGGACUUGGUGGAACAAGACGUGGUGGUCCAGAAGUAAACAUCAAACACUCUGGUCGAGAGGACAAUGAACGAGAGAGAGAGCGAUAUCGCUUGGAAAGAGAAAGAGAAGAGAGAGGCGACAUCAGAAGAGACAGAGAUAGAGGAGAUAGGGAUCGGGAACGAGAGAGAGACAGGGGUCUUGGUGCUGCUGGUGGCCUGGGCUCAUUUGAUCGCGAUCGACGUAGAUCGCGCAGCCGAGACCGUCCGAAACGACGCAGCCGCAGCAGAAGCCGCGAUAGGUCUGAUCGUAAACGCAGACCAAGGAGCAAAGAGGCUGAUGACACGGAUGUGGAAAGAGUCCGAGAUAGAGAGAGAAGAGAUAAAGAACGUGACCGAUCUGACAGAGAUCGCAAAAGGAGACGCAGCAGGAGCCGUGAUCGAGAAGGGCGCGAGAAAGACCGGUCAGACCGCAAGCGUGAUAAAAGGGAUCGCGAACGAGCUGAACGUAAAGAGCGCAAAGUUCGAGUCGGUGACUUUGGUGAUGUUGAAGUUAAAGUCAAGGAUGAACCUCUUGAUGAUUAUCCUGAUUAUACACAGUACACCACAACUUACAAUGAAAAUGCUGUAAAAUAUGAAGAUGAAAAUGAAGAAAAAUAUAAAAUUCCAGAAAAUAAUGGCAAUAGUACCAGUGGAUACACACAAGAAGAGGGAGAAUAUGAUGAAUCAAAUGACUAUUAAAUUAAUAUUGAAUUU